AUGGGUGACCUUCGUACAUUGUACUACAGGAUUGCUGCUCCUUUCAAAUCUAAAUCUACAUCCAGAAGAAGUGGGAAUGCCCGACUCUCAUCUUGUAUGCUAAUUCAACGUUGUCUAGAAAGAGCCGCAAGAACUCAGUUGAUUUAUUGUUCUACUGGGCCUCAGCAAAACAGGCGUAUGGGAAUAACUAAUGAUGAGUUAGAAUCUCGACUGGAGUCUCAUCUAAUUGACCUUUUUGGUGUUCGUGAAACCAAGCGCUUAUUAUCUCGCAUCCUGCUUGGUGUACCUUAUCCUCCAUCAGUUUCAAUUCCUAUUUCAUCUAACCAUUCUGAUGAAUUAGAGCAAAGAACACUUUUCUCUUUUGAAAAGAAUCACUCCCCUGAAUCAAUUUCUGCCUUGCCUGUUCAUUCUACUCACCACAAUUAUGUUAAGAACGGAAGGCAAAGUCGAAUAUCAAACAAUUGUGAAUCGUUACUGCAUCGAGUCCCAUCUAUCGGAACCGUCUCUUAUGGUACUGGCAGCUCCGAAACAUCAUCUCAAGUUGAUAGUGAGCUUACUUGCCAAGGAGGGUAA